CGGGUGUCAUCAGUGUCACCGGUGGAGCAGGAGAUCGCACAAGUGCGCAGAGCAUGUAGCCGAAACUACACCAGACUGUGCAGCUGAACUUUUUUUUCUUUUCGUCUUGCCUCUUCUGAAGAAAAACAACAACAACGACAACAGCUAGACCUGCCCCUCGACCCGCGACCCGCGACCCGCGUGGAGCUAAAUGACAAGUGGACACGGAGCCACUCAGCGAUACUCGGGGCGCGAUGGAGAGCAAGGGAUUACUCCGCUGUAAGAUCGUGGUGGUCGGCGACACGCAGUGUGGCAAGACGGCUCUCCUCCAUGUCUUCGCCAAAGACUCGUACCCGGAGAACUACGUUCCCACGGUGUUCGAGAACUACACCGCCAGCUUUGAGAUCGACAAGCAGAGGAUCGAGCUCAACAUGUGGGACACCUCAGGUUCCGCCUACUACGACAACGUGCGGCCGCUAGCUUAUCCUGACGCAGACGCUGUACUCAUCUGCUUUGACAUCAGCCGUCCAGAGACACUGGACAGCGUGCUGAAGAAGUGGCAAGGUGAGACACAGGAGUUCUGUCCCAGUGCCAAAGUGGUGCUGGUUGGCUGCAAGUUGGACAUGAGGACGGACCUCAACGUCAUGAGAGAAUUGUCCAAACACAGACUCAUUCCUGUCACCCAUGAACAGGGGACAAAUUUGGCGAGGCAGAUCGGUGCUGUUGCCUACGCAGAGUGCACCUCAAAGUAUUCAGAGAACAGCGUCCGCGACGUUUUCCAUGUCACCACGCUGGCGUCUGUGUCCCGCAUCCACCGGCCUCAGCUCAAACGUGCUGGCUCACGUCGCUGCCUCAAGCGAGUCUCCCAGCAGCCGCCUCGGACUGACAUCACUGAGCAGCCACCCCCCAUUAGGAAGGACCGGGCCAAAAGCUGUGUGCUCAUGUAGGACCAGAGUCUAACAGCGAACCGGACCUGAGUGUGUGCUGGGGGACAUGUUCCAUUCCACACAUGAACUUAAUUUAUUGGUGAAUUCUUGUCAGAUCUUUGCACUUUGCACUGUGGGUUCUUUAAGGAAUUGUUUGUCCAUCUAAAGCAAAACUCUCCUUGUUAUUUUUCUCUGUGGCUGUGUUCUCAUGGGGUGAGAAGUGGUCGAAAAUGGGCAUGGACACAAACAGGCUGGUUAGCAAAUGAAACACAGAUCAGGAAAAAGUGUGUUGAGAUUAAAGAAAAAAACAAUUCGAAAGGUCACUUUGCAGGAACCAGCAGUAACAGUGCUGGUCUCGACCUCCGUUAUGUUGUUUUCUGUUUUGAAAUGCUAUCCUCUCUUUUGGUGUUUAAGUAAAUGAAGCACAAUACAAUGCACGCAAACUGUUCUGAGUAAUCCGUAAAUGUCAGGGAAGUUGAAAAGAAAAUCUGGACCGACAAAAUACUUGUGGGCUGAGAUUACACAAAUUUUCUUAAACCACAAGUGCUUUUUUAAUAUUGAAAACAGAAUAAUCACUCACCACAUAUUACUGAAGUGUUGUGAAAUUAAUACUGUGCUAAUGAUCCACACUGGGAAGGAGAGUCAAAGGGGGAGUUAAGAGGGUGACAGUUAUGUUGUACAUGUAAUAAUUAAAGAAAUUUAAAAAACUUC